AUGCCGGUGACAGGGGUCAAGGUCGCGGUGCGCGUCCGGCCGUUCAACGCGCGCGAGAAGAAGGAGGCGGCGCGGCUCUGCGUCGACAUGCCGGGCGGGGGGAAGGUCGUCCUCCGGGACGCAGACGCGAAGAAGCCCGACGCGGCGUUCGUCUACGACCACGCGUACUGGUCCCACGACGCGAGCCGCCCGUGCGCGACCCAGGACACGGUCUACGCAGACAUCGGGCCGAGCGUCCUCGACAACGCGUUCGAGGGCUACAACUACACGCUCUUCGCGUACGGCCAGACGGGCUCCGGGAAGUCGUACUCGAUGAUGGGCGCGCCCGCGAGCGAGGCCGACGCAGGGAUCAUCCCGCGGGUCGGGCGCGAGCUCUUCCGCCGCGCCGCCGCCUCGCCCGCCGAGACGCAGGUCUCCGUCUCGUUCCUCGAGAUCUACAACGAGCGGCUCCGGGACCUCCUCGUCCCCGCCGCGGGCGCCCAGGAGCUCCGGAUCCGCCAGGACCCCGCGGCGGGCGUCUUCGUCCAGAACCUCAGCCACCACGCGGUCGCCGACUACGACGCGAUCCAGCGCCUGAUCGAGCUCGGGGACCGGAACCGGACGGUCGCGGCGACGAACAUGAACGCGACGAGCUCGCGCUCGCACUCCGUCUUCGCGAUCGAGGUCGUCCAGACGGCGGUCCUCCGGAACGACGCGGGCGAGGAGGUCGGGCGCCACGUCAAGCGCGCCCGGGUGAGCCUCGUCGACCUCGCGGGGUCCGAGCGCCAGGGCAAGACGGGCGCGACGGGCGACCGCCUGACGGAGGGCAUCAGCAUCAACAAGUCCCUGACGACCCUCGGGCGCGUCAUCGAGGCGCUCGCGUACAACACGACCGCGGAGGGCCGCCGGAAGCCCCAGCACGUCCCGUACCGCGACUCCCAGCUGACGUACCUCCUCCAGCCCGCGCUCGGGGGCAACUCGAUGACGUGCAUGAUCGCCGCGAUCUCGCCUGCGUCGACGAACUACGACGAGAGCCUCUCGACCCUCCGCUACGCAGACCGCGCCCACCAGAUCGAGAACACCGUCACGAAGAACGAGUCUGCCCAGGAGAAGUACAUCCGCGAGCUCGAGGACCGCGUCAAGGAGCUCGAGGCCCUCCUCGCCGGGGGCGCCCCCGCCGGGGACGCAGGUGCCGGCAAUGAUGCGUCAAGCACUAACGUUUCCCAAAUGCAGGAUAUCCUUGAAGAGUAUAAGCGCAUGCUUGACGAGGCAAACGUUGAUAAUGCAAAACGCCUCGAGGACGCAGAAAGAGAAAACAAGGCUUUGGAAGAAAGCCUCAACCAAUUUGGUCUGUUAAAAGACUCUCCAACUCACUCCUACCUUCUCUCUCUUAAUGAAGAUCCUUUGCUUUCUGGCUUGCUGCGUUACAGAAUCGUAGGAAAAGAGACAGACAAGAGUCAUUACGUUGCUGUGUUCGGAAAUCAAGAGACUGAAAACCCGAAGUUUGAUGAUUCCAUCGUGCUUGCCAACAAGCUUGGCCUUGAAUUCGAGCAUUUCACCAUCACAUAUACAGCUACUGACAAUAAGUAUGUCCUUGCGUGCCUUUCUGAGACAGAACCUGUCAUGCUUAAUGGUGAUUAUCAGCUUCAUGACAUGGAGCCUGCUACUCUCUUCCACGGAGACUUCCUUAAGUGCGGAGAUGGUAACGGAGCAUACUACGUGUUUGUCGAUCCUAAGCAACAAGAGGCCAAUCCUCUUCAGAUAUCUCUGCUCUAUGAUGAGGCGGUCUCCCAGUUUGUUUCAAAGAAUGGGACUAUUAAUCCAUUGAACAAGCUUCCUGAUCAAUACACAGAGGAGGAGCAACACUCUACAGAUGGCCAGCCUGCACAAGAUGAACAGGUUUCACCGCCUUCCAGCUCCAUCGAUAUAGAGCGCAAUAAGCAGCGCCUCAAGGAAAAAGAGAAGUAUCUACAGAUACGUGAUGAGAUGCUUGAUCUAUUCCCCAAGCUUUGUGAGGCAUCCCAGUUGGCUCGCUAUUUCGGCCAGCAGAUUGAGUAUUCCAUGGACUACGCCACUACCAUUGAACAAACAAAGUCUGGAUUUCCUAGUUUGAACUACGAGAUAUCAGUCCAGGCCUCCGUGCGGGUGUAUAAUCCUGGGUUUGAAGAGUACACAAGUGAUAUCCACACGUGGUCGGUCACUAAGUUCCUGCGCAAGUAUUCGGCACUACGUGCUCUCUUCUCCCACGCAGUGGAAAUCAACGAUAAGGCCAAGGCUAUUGAAGACAUGGAGCGUGAGCUCGCGAAUGACCCGUGUCUUGGUCUUGAUCAUCCAUUUAGGAUGGAUGAAUCAGCCCUUCCGGAGUAUGAUGAAUGGACACACUUCAUUGGAGAGCUUCAGCUGAAUAUAGCAGACCUGUGCAAGACUUACACCAUUUCUCGUAGACGCCUGCCAAUCUUGAACCCUACUACCCGCGAGGUCAUCAGCGAUGUAGAAUUAGAGGCCUGUAUCCCUAAUCCUUGCAAGCAUGAUGGAUAUGAAUGUGAGGCCUUCGCCGAUAGGGUCCUUAAAGUUGGGGAACCAUGCUCCAUAUCAAUCUAUGUUCACAGGCUCUAUGGCAUCAAGCCUUUGUAUAACGCCAAUGUCCAUGCCGUAGUUCACAAGCCGGCGUACUUGGGUAUUCCUAACUCCACCCGUCCAAACCGAACGAUGACGCCCCAGGAAGAGGACAGGUAUCGUAAUUUCAUCCUGAGCACAAACCGAGCCGUAGCUUCAAACUGUUCGGGAGAGGUGUCGAUAAAUCCGCACGUUCGCUCGUGGGUUACUCUAGAUCUACCUCCUAUCAGUCAAGAAGGCUAUGACUACUUCAGCAGCGGAAAGCCUCUCUAUAUCUCCUUCUACGGAUACUACACCCAGGUCAAGAAGCAGAUCCAGAAUUCUGCUAUUUAUAACACAAAGGAAAACACUCUUCACAUCCAUAAACGCAACAUUAUUGCAACGAAAAUGGGUCCUGUGACCACCGAGGUCCGCGACGGAAAAGAGAUCAAGACCAAGGCAGAAUUUUAUUUCAUCGACAUCAAUGGACCCUGUGGGGCCGAGUAA